AUGAAGAAACUGGAGUUUCUGGAAAAAAAAUUGCUGGAACAAGUGGCAGAAUAUAAAAGUACAGGGAAAUUCAGUGAAUAUAAUGAUUCUCUCGUAGCUCGAGGAGGGGAAGAAAUCGAAAAAGCUUCAAGUCCUACUCAUAUGUUGAGGGGAAUGGAAAAACAAAGCUCUUUGCAAAAAGAACUUCAGAGUUCUACCAGGUUAGAUCUAUAUGACAAAGAGAUACAAGCCCUUCUGAAAGAAAAGGGAUGUUCGUAUGAAAAUUACUCCCCGUUCUUCGCAGUGAAGAAUUAA